ACCAUUUUGUUUAUGUGUCGCGGUUUUGUUAACGCGCAGUGCACGUUGUGUCGCUUUUUGUUAACGCGCAGUUGCAGCUCGUUGAGCUAGUUGGCAACACUUGUCAGUCAAAUCAAAAAGAAAAAGGAGGCUAGCUGGCUGUCUGUAGGUAGAAACAAAAAUGACUUCGACAUCGUUCAACGUUGGUCUCGGCGAGGCGCCGCGCAUGUCCAGCAGGGUGCUACGCCCCCCUGGCGGCGGGCACACGGACAUCUUCGGCGGGGAUCCGGAGCCCCCGCGUGGCAGGCGUCAGUUCCCGGGUGUUGCCAAUGCCGGACAAGGCGACGAGCCCCCGAAGCCACAGAACGGCACAUCACCAACCCAAAACGGGCAAGCUGAGACCCCACCGCAGGAGGUCGCACCGCCCCCAGAGCCAAGCCCCGCUCAGCCCGAGAGCCCAGCUAAGACUGAACCAGCUCCAGAGAGCAAGCCUGAACCAUCCCCACCCCAGUCCUCCCCCACCGCCGCUGAACCUAAAGCGGAACCACCCAAAGUAGAACCGCCAAAACGCGUCCGCGUACCACCAGGUGGAUUCUCAUCAGGACUGUGGUAAUCCCUUUUGCGCUGUUAAGAUACGCUGGGACCAGUGGCACUGUCUUCUAACUUGGAUUGAAAGGCUUUCCACACACAGCGGUCCUAAAUUGCUCAAACUCUGCACGGAUUUGGAUCGCGGCAUUUCUUUGUUCAUUUGAGUGCUACUUGCAAAUCUGUUACGUUUGUCUUUAUGUAAAGUUUAGGUACGGCAUCCCUUAACAAGAAAUUCCAUAGCUCUUCAAAAAAAAGCGUCAUUCCUUACCACUUUACAGUCCGGUAGCUCAAUUGAGAAAUGUUACACGCUUUUCCAUUUAAGUCAAAAGACAGUGCUGCAAAUUUGGUGGGUGUUCUUCUUGUGCCUUUAUUGUUGAAUGCUAAAUGUUUAUUUGUGUGUAGAUAUUUUGUUAUGGACUCUGGUCCCAAGCCGGCUCUUAUCAAUCGCUUCAGUAUAAUCUUUCUGUUUCCUCGCAUUUUGCAAUCCCCUAUUUACUGAACAGAUGUAUCCCAAUUAGGUAUUAUUUUACUAGGAGAUUAUAUUUUAUUUUUAACUUUGCUUGUCUUAACGACAACGCCAAACUAGACUUUAAACGUCACAAUUGGAUUAGUUUGUAAAUUUUUCGGCCAAAUAUUAAUCUCAUUCUUUUAAUCUUUAACUCUGAAAUCGUUUUCACUAAAACUAGUGGAACUAAUAUUUCGUAUUUGCAAUUGUACUCUGAUUUAAUGGUUUUAAAUCUGACUAAUGAAGGGUUUUGAAAACUCAGGCUGCGUAACUUUUUGCCGACUAUCUUCAAAAGUCCUAGUUAUAGUGAAAACAUUAUUUUUAGGUGUUUUUAAUCACGUAAUUUAAAAUGAUGCUCAGAGAGUAGAGUUAAUGAAUUUAUUCAUUUCUCUUUUACACUGGCGGUUUGAAAAUAGACGAUGAAAACUAUAUGGACUAUCUUGUUAUUCUACUUUCAUGACGUUGGUUGCGAUUCUACAGAACAAGAACUAUGCCAGCCAAUCACAGCGAUCCAUUGUUUGCGAACGGUUUCUGAUUGGUGGAUUUCUGUACACCUCCGAACGGCUACACUUUUAUAGAAUCGCAUCCUCUAAGAUCAUCGUGAUUUUAUUCACUUAAAAUUUCCUCAUCAGACUGAUUUCCUUAUAAGGCUGAGCGUGAAUGCAUUUUAGAGUAGAAAAAGAGACAACCAGUUUUCGAAUAGUUUCCUUUGUCAUUUACUAUCAAAAGCUCUCUCAUAUGUUUAUCGCCAGUGUGAAAAAGACCUUACAUUCGAUGUAUCACAGACUGACAUGUGCCUAUUCGUACUUAAAGUUCGUCUUCAAGCAUUUAAUGUUUUGCAUUAGUUUUAUUGUCAUUUAAUGUAUGCCUGCAGGCAAUGACGCGAUUAUGUAUAUUGGUAAUUGUAUUUUUAUAUGAAUU